GGCGCAGACGUGAACGUGGAGCAGCCCGACGAACGCUCCGUGAUGACGUACGUGGCCACGCUGUAUCACUACUUCUCCAAAAUGAAAGCGCUGGCCGUGGAGGGGAAACGCAUCGGGAAGGUGCUGGAGGCUGCGCUGCUGGCGGAGCGUUUGGUGCAGCGCUACGAGGCGAUGGCGGCGGAGCUGCUGGGCUGGAUUGACCGCACCAUCAUGGCCCUCAACGAGCGCCAGUGGGGAUCUAUGGGGCUGAGCGGCGUGCAGAACCAGCUGCAGGCCUUCAACACCUACCGCACCGUGGAGAAACCCCCCAAGUUCACCGAGAAGGGUCACCUGGAGGUGCUGCUGUUCACCAUUCAGAGCCGGAUGCGCUCCAACAACCAGAAGGUUUUUGUGCCGCGCGACGGAACGCUGCUGGCUGACAUCAACCGGGCCUGGGAGCGCCUGGAGAAAGCUGAGCACGGCCGCGAGGUGGCGCUGAGAGCGGAGCUGAUCCGGCAGGAGAAGCUGGAGAGGCUGGCGGCGAGAUUCGAGAGGAAGGCGGCCAUGAGGGAGAGCUGGCUGAGGGACAACCAGCGCCUCGUGGGGCAGGACCACUUUGGGUCGGACGUGGCGGCGGUGGAGGCGGCGGUCCGGAAGCACGAGGCCAUGGAGACGGACGUGGCGGCCUACGGAGGGCGCGUGGAGGCGCUGGGCGCUGUGGCGGCGGAGCUGGAAGCCGAGCGGUAUCACGACGUGAGGAAGGUGAUGGAGAGGAGGAAGAACGUGGGGAGGCUGUGGGACGUCCUGAGGAAGUCGGUGGAGGAGAGGAGGGAGAGGCUGCUGCUGCACGUGGAGCUGCAGGCAGUGCUGGGGGAUCUGCAGCAUCUGGCCGGGUGGAUGGAGGAGAUGGAG